UUAUUUUUUUUAUUAUAUUUUUUACCUUUUAAUUGGAUAUCUCCUAAAAGUUAAUGUAAGGGGUAAUUAGACAUCAUUACGACAUACCUUUAAGAAUAUUAAAUAUUUGACAAGUAGAAUAAUAUUUAAUACAGUUGAACAGUGGAUAGAUGGAACUUUUUAUUUAUUUAUUUAUUUUGGCCAUAAAUACCUGUAACAAUCUAUUUCUUCAUACUGUGAACUUAUUUAUAUAGGAUCGUAAUAUAUACAUAUUGCUACACAAAGAGACUCUUUAGAAGUCCAAGUGCAACAAUGCAUUGGGUUACUGUCAUCUUGCUACUACAAACUGCUUUCUUCAGGACAAUAUCCUCAGAGAAAGUGUUGGCUUGGCCAACUGAUGGGAGCCACUGGUUGAACCUAAAUAUGAUCCUCGAGGAGCUGGCACGUAAUGGCCAUGAAGUGACUGUUCUGGUGCCCUCUGGCCACAUGAAAAUGGACCUCAGGAAAGCAUCACCCAUAAAAACUGAACUCUUCCCUGUUCAGUUUUCAAAAGAACAGAAUGAAAAGCUUCUAGAAGAUUUCUUUCAUUUGUGGAUAUAUGAGCUCCAGAAUAUGUCCUUUUGGGAAUCCUACGCUCAGAUGAAAGAAAUCAUGAUGGAAUUCCAUCUACUAGAAAAAUACACAUGUGAUGGUGUACUCAAGAAUAGAGAAUUAAUACACAAACUGCAGGUGGCGAAAUUCACUGUAUUGGUAUCAGAUCCUAUGGCUCCUUGUGGUGAGCUUAUAGCAGAGAUUCUGCAAAUACCAUUUGUUUACACUUUUAGGUUCUCGAUGGCUAACUCUUAUGAAAGACUAUGCGGGCAUCUACCAUCUCCAUUUUCAUAUGUACCUGGAUCCACGGUGGAGCUCACUGACAAAAUGUCCUUUAUCGAAAGGCUGAAAAAUUCCAUGUUCUAUUUAUUUCAAGAUUUUAUGUUCUAUACAGAGACUGCGGCAUUCUGGGAUGAGUACUUUAGUGAAAUAUUGGGUCGACCUACAUCGCUUUGUGAAAUUAUGGGAAAAGCUGAAAUCUGGUUAAUCCGGACAUACUGGGAUUUUGAAUAUCCUCGUCCAACUCUGCCUAAUUUUGAGUUUGUUGGUGGACUGCACUGCAAACCAGCAAACCCUUUACCGGAGGAAAUGGAAAAAAUAGCCGAGAGCUCUGGAGAGAAUGGGAUUAUUGUGUUUUCCUUGGGCUCCAUGGUAAAAAACCUCACUGAAGAAAGAAGCAACAUAAUUGCAGCUGCUCUCAGCCAACUUCCACAGAAGGUUAUUUGGAGAUACAGUGGAAAGAAACCCGACACUUUGGGGGAGAAUACAUAUAUGUUUGAAUGGAUUCCACAGAAUGACCUCCUUGGCCAUCCAAAAACCAAGGCUUUCAUCACCCAUGGAGGAACUAAUGGCAUAUAUGAAGCAAUUUAUCACGGUGUUCCUAUGGUUGGCAUUCCACUCUUUGCUGAUCAGCCUGAUAAUAUGGUCCACAUGAAAACCAAAGGCAUGGCAGUAAUGCUGGACUUCAUUAAAAUGGAAACACAGGACUUAGUGGAUGCUGUAAACGCUGUUAUUAAUAACCCCACAUAUAAAGAAAACGCGCUGAGAUUAUCAAGGAUCCAUCAUGAUCAGCCUGUCAAACCACUCGACAGAGCUGUGUUUUGGAUUGAAUUUGUCAUGCGUCACAAUGGUGCUAAACACUUACGGCCUGCAUCCCAUGAACUGACCUGGUACCAAUACCAUUGUUUGGAUGUCAUUGGCUUUUUGCUUGCCUGCAUGUUGACUGUUCUUUAUAUCUUUGUUAAGGUGUUUACAUUCUGCUGCAGGAAGUGCUGUCGAACCAGAAGGAAACAAAAAACACAAUAACAGAAAAGGGAUAUUUUGUAGGUGAAGCAUUCUGUUGAUGUUCUUUUUGUUAAAUCACUUAAAAAUGAGUACAUCAACACAGAGUUUUUUCAUUCAAAUAACAAAAUACAGAUUACAGAGUCCUAUAUGCAGAACAUGGUUUGGCUUGCUGCUCUAAUAUUGCAUAUCUAUAUUCUAAAUGCACCUUCAUAGAAUGGUUACUUCUAGAAAUCUACGUAUUUCAUGCCUUGCCAUAUCAUUUGUAUAGGGAAAAUGAUCCCAGGAAAAAGUAGGGUUCUUUAUCAGUCACUUGAUCAUCUGCUGUAUAUAAAGUGUAACAAAGUGUAAUGCAUUUAGGUAAAAGGUAAGUAAUCUUUUUUUUGUUGUUGUUUCCUUAAAGUUAAAGUUUUUAACAUUAAAGGGAUACUGUAGUGCCAGGAAUACAAAGCUGUAUUCCUGGCACUACCGAUCCCUCUGCCUCCCCCCUCCCUUGCACCACCCCUCCCAGGUAAAUAAACGGUUAAAAAAAACGUUAUUUACUUACCUUAUCCGACCCCGCUCUGCCCCCUCUGAUGUCCCGCGAUGAGCGGGGUCUAAGGCGCAUGCGCGGCAAAUGCCGCGCACACAUAAGACCUCCCCAUAGGAAAGCACUGAAUCAGAGCUUUCCUAUGGGGAAAAAUCUGACGCUGGAGGUCCUCAUGCAGAGCGUGAGGACGUCCAGCAUCAGAUAACGGACCAAAAGUCCAUUACGAUUCCAGAGGGCAGACUUAGUGCUGCAAUGUAAACAUUGCAGUUCUCUGGAACUGCAAUGUUUACAUUGCAGCACUAGGUUCAAAAGGGGCACAGCACCAAGACCACUUCAAUGAGCUGAAUUGGUCUGGGUGCCUACAGUUUCCUUUAAAGUGGAGUGGGCAAAAGGGAACCUGUAGUUCCGAAAUAGAAAUUGUUAUUCUCAGGACUCUAUGUUCCCUUUAAACCAGUAGCAAUUGGCUUGACUACUAACUUUGGAGUAGUAGCCAGGGCACACCUGCUACAAUAACCACUACAGUGUAGUCUUUUAGCCAGUUGUAGUGGUUAAUGUGGUUGGAGUUUUAUGUUAAGAAACUGAUUAUUAUUCCUUCACCUUUUAUCUGCUGUGUUCCCCCAUGGCACUGCUAUAGCCGCCUUAGUUCACUCAAAUUCUCAUUUGCAUCUGCCCGUGUGAAGGAUGCCAAUUUCCUGAUGUGGGACCUGUCAAUUUUAGAACAUAUGGGGGAGAUUUAUCAAUGCAAUGCAGGUGCUAUUUUGGAUGCAAAGUGCCAAAUGUUCAGAGACAUUUUAUUGAUUUCCACCGUGAUU